CUGUAGAUACUACAAUAAACUCACCGCAGAGGAACCUACUCUGCUCUUUUUUUCUUUUUUUUUUUUUAAUUUCAACAUUUACGCCUUGAAUCUUUGUUCGAUGGAUUUCAUUUGUCACUCCCUCAAAUUGCAACAGAGAGAAACAGAGAAGAGAAGAGAGCUCUCCCAAAGGCUUUUUCUUUUGGAUAAUUGAGUCUUAAAGUUUGUGACUUGAGAGUCUAUUGUUGGCUACAAAGGGCUUAGUUUCCAGUCUCCUAUGGCUCUCAAUCUUCGCCAAAAACAAACAGAAUGUAUAAUCCGAAUGCUGAAUCUGAACCAACCUGUGAAUCCCACCGGAACUGCUAAUGAAGAGGUUUACAAGAUCUUGAUUUAUGACAGAUUUUGUCAAAAUAUACUGUCCCCAUUGAUCCAUGUUAAAGAUCUGCGAAAACACGGUGUUACUCUAUACUUCCUUAUCGACAAGGAUCGAAAACCUGUCCAUGAUGUGCCAGCUGUGUAUUUUGUUCAGCCUAAUCAUUCCAAUAUCCAGAGAAUUGUAGCUGAUGCCUCACAUUCUCUCUAUGAUAGUUUCCAUCUGAAUUUCUCUUCGUCUAUACCAAGGCCGCUUUUAGAGGAUCUUGCUUCUGGGGCUUUGAAUUCGGAUUCAAUCAAUAGAAUUUCGAAGGUUCAUGAUCAGUAUUUGGAGUUUGUGACAUUGGAGGAUAAUUUGUUCUCAUUGUCCCAGAAGUCUACCUAUGUGCAAUUGAAUGAUCCAUCUGCUGGGGAUAAAGAGAUUGAGGAUAUUAUAGAGAGGGUUGUUAGUGGAUUAUUUUGUGUUUUGGCUACACUUGCAGUGGUGCCCAUAAUAAGAUGCCCACGUGGUGGACCAGCAGAGAUGGUUGCUUCAGCAUUGGAUCAGAAGUUGAGGGAUCAUUUGUUUUCAAAGAACAAUUUGUUUUCUGAAGGUGGGGGUUUUGUAAGCUCAUUUCAGCGUCCAAUUUUGUGUGUCUUUGACAGGAAUUUCGAGUUAUCAGCUGGGAUACAACAUGAUUUUAGGUACCGCCCGCUUGUACAUGAUAUUAUUGGAUUGAAGCUUAAUCGGUUGAGUGUGCCAGGAGAGAAAGGUGGAAUGAAAUCGUAUGAGUUGGAUAGCUCAGAUCCAUUUUGGAUGGCAAAUGGAUUGUUGGAAUUCCCUGAAGUUGCUGUUGAGAUUGAGACCCAAUUGAACAAAUAUAAGAAAGAUGUUGAUGAGGUGAAUAGAAAGACUGGUGGGACUGCUGGAGCUGAGUUUGAUGGGACAGACUUGAUGGGGAACACAAAACACUUAAUGAAUGCAGUGAACUCCUUGCCUGAGCUAACAGAACGGAAGCAGGUUAUUGAUAAACACACAAACAUUGCAACAGUGCUGUUGGGUGAAAUAAAGGAGAGAUCCCUUGACUCUUAUGUUAAGAAGGAGAAUGACAUGAUGAUCAGAGGUGGCAUUGAUCAAAAUGAGUUGCUAGGUGUACUUAAGGGAAAAGGUACCAAGAUAGAUAAGCUGCGAUUUGCUAUAAUGUAUAUUAUCUCUUCAGAAACCAUUAAUCCAUCAGAAGCAGAAGCGGUGGAAGCUGCACUAAGAGAAUCCGAGGUUGAUACAAGUGCAUUUCAGUACGUGAAGAAAAUCAAGUCAUUGAAUGUUUCAUUGGCAUCAGCAAAUUCUGCUAGUAGAAAUAACAUUGUUGAUUGGGCUGAGAAGCUCUAUGGCCAGUCAAUUAGUGCUGUCACAGCAGGUAUGAAGAACCUAUUAUCUAGUGAUAGGCAGCUAGCAUUGACACGGACUGUGGAAGCUUUGAUGGAGGGGAAGCCAAACCCUGAAGUCGAUUCUUACCUUGUGUUUGAUCCUCGUGCCCCUAAGUCGAGCUCUGGCACUAGUAGCAGCCAUCUGAAAGGACCCUUUAAAGAAGCUAUUGUUUUCAUGAUUGGUGGUGGAAAUUACGUGGAGUAUGGCAGCUUGCAAGACCUUGCCCAGCGUCAGCAGCCUGUCAAGCAUGUUAUAUAUGGAACAACAGAAAUUUUGACUGGAAUGGAGUUUGUUGAGCAACUCACAUUCUUGGGACAGAAGAUGGGAUUGGGCAGUUCUGUUGCUACUUCCUCAGCAACCCAGUAAUGCAGCUUUUGGAUAUAAUUUGCAGAGUCCAGUUCAUGAAGGAGGCAGCAUGAUCCAAAUUGGAGAUGCCAUGUGAUCAAGUAAAUACAGUUAUGAAGCUAGUUAUCUGAGCACCUGUGCAUUCCUUGCACUUUUUUCUUGAUAUUAAGUCCACAUGCUGGUUUUAAUUCGGACUUGAGUCUUGAACCCUUGACUAUUCAGGAGAACAUAUAUUUUUGUCCCAUAAUGUCAAAUCAGAUAUCAAUAUAUGAAUCUUUCACUUGGAUUUCUUUGUACCCCAUAAUGUCAUCAGAUAUCAAUAUACGAGUGUUAUUCAGAUCCAUUUGUAGUUUGUAAUUGGAAAGACUGCUUUUGGUUUUAGUUAGAUCUCCCCAUUUCCUCCUACAUUCUUCUUUACAUUGCAUCUUUCUCCUUCCAAUCUCCUUAUUAAUGUAUCAUUGGUUUGUAAAUUGAUAGAAAUUCUUGAACAUUAUAUAAUAAUCCAUCUUAUAUUUGUCAUUUUAUA